UUGUUUGAACAUCGACUGCUUAUCGCGCGCGGGUUGUGGGUCGAUUAGAUCUCUGAACCAUAUUUCUGUCUCUGACUUGCUUACGAGGAAUAGAGCCUAUGGGUCAAAAGGGGAGAAGACGAUAUCAAUCAGUCCUCGAGAUGUACGACUGCAGCCAUAAUGCCAUUUAUGUUUUGAUUUCAAAGCUUCCGAACAUGUAACCACGACGCCGGGUAAGACGUGAUGGCCUUGCUAUCCAUGAAUACAUAUAUAAAUAUGAGGUCUUGAACCUCAACAUAAACCUCAUCUCAAUAUCAUCUUCUCCCAAUAUCACUUCAGUCAAUUUUGAAUCCACAAACCCCAUACUUUACAUCUCCAAACAUCCAACCUCACCCCCAACAAUGGCCUCCAACAUCGUCCUCAUCCUCGGAGCAGGCCCCAACAUCGGCCUCUCCGUCGCCUCCAAGUUCAGCACCCUCGGCUUCAAAGUCGCCCUGGUCUCUCGCCGCGGCACCGGCGCCCUCAACUCCGCCGGCCACCUCUCCCUAACCGCCGACUUCACGCAGCCGUCCACCAUCCCCGCCGUCUUCUCCGCGGUGCAAGCCCACUUCCACUCCGCCCCCAACGUCGUCGUGUACAACGCGGCGACCCUCACCCCUCCCCCAGACGCCGCCUCCGUGCUCUCGAUCCCCGCGGACAAGUUCGCGGCCGAUCUGAACGUCAACACGGUGAGUCCGUACGUGACGGCGCAGGAGACGCUGAAGGGGUGGGCGACGCUGGGCGCGGACGUCAAGAAGUCGUUCAUCUUCACUGGCAAUGCGCUUAACUCUGCGGUCAUUCCUAACCCCGUGUUUACGACGCUCGGGGUGGGAAAGUCGGCGUCGGCGUAUUGGAUUGGGACGGCGGAUGCGCUGUAUAGGGAGAAGGGGUAUAGGUUCUAUUACACUGACGAGCGCUUUGAGGAUGGGAAGGUGAAGGGGACUGCGAUUGAUGGGCCGGCUCAUGCGGAGUUUUAUGCACAGUUGGCGAGCCAUGAGGGUGAUUUGCCGUGGGAGGCUACGUUUGUGAAGGAUAAGGGUUAUGUUUCGUUCAAGUAGAUGGGCUUGCUCAUACAGAAUAGGGGUUAAGUGUACUUAGACUACCUUAACACCUUCUAUCGAAAACCAAAACACAGAUCACUUCUCAAGUCUA